CUCAAGCGAGCUUCUACCAAACACCGAAAAUGCGAUCGUGUAACAAUCACCAGCUUUCCUCUACAAUUGAAACCAACCAACCAACAACCUUUCUCCCUGAGGAUGUGGUUCUGAAAAUCCUCUCCAGGCUGCCUCCAAAGUCUCUUCUCCGAUUCAGAUCCGUCUGCAAAUCCUGGCUCUCCCUCAUCGGCACCCCCAAUUACGUAUCCAAAAACCUCCUCAACCACUCCAUUCUCACCACCGCCGCCGCCCCCCAUCACCUCCUCCUCGUAAAACGCACCACCGCAUCGAUACCCAGAACGGACACUUGCUCUUUCCUCUCCUACCAAACCCUUUCCUCCGCCUCCCAAACCCCUCAAAAUAUUCCCAUACGAAGCACACGCGGGUUAAGCAUUGUGGGUUCCUGUAAUGGCUUGCUCUGCCUUUUUGACUACUUCGCUGGCGGCGACAUUUUUGUCUGGAACCCCGCCACUUCAGAGCUGAAGGCCCUGCCUGGCGCGUCCAGGGCGGACACUGUUAGUUUUGGCUUCGACCACAAACGAAAUGAGUUUAAGGUUAUGCGGAUUCGUUAUGUUAUGGAUCGUGAACCGCCGGUUCUUUCUCUGAACCGGGUAGCGGACGUGUAUAGUCUAAGAAGCGGCGGUUCUUGGAGAAAUCUCACCGUCGAUGGAGAGGUGCCCGAUUCCAAUACACCCAAUUCACGGUGUCGGUGGGCAUACGCAUAUGGGGUUUGUUUCUGGUGGACGUCACGCCGUGCCGAGGAUGAAAAGAUUAUUGCUUUCGAUGUGAGCGAGGAGGUGUUCAGAACGACGCCGUUGCCGGACGCUAGUGUUCUUGGGAGGCGCAGUUAUGUGAGGGCUCUCACGGUGCUAAACGAAUCGGUCGCCAUGCUUGUUGUGCGCAAUGAAAGCAAAUGGGAGGGGAAAUCGUUUGAUUUAUGGGUUUUGCUUGAAUUUGGUGUAAAGGAAUCGUGGACUCAGCUUCUGAGGAUUGAAGCUUUUCCGGGUCUGGAAUGGCCGUUGGGUUUUUGGAAGAACGGAGAGUUGUUCAUGGAGAACCACGAGGGGCAGCUGGUUUAUUAUGACCCAUUUACAAAUACAGUAACAAAAGUAGAGGUUGGUGAUAAUGAUAUUGAUAGGGUAAAGGAAUCUUUACAAGUUUUAGCUUACACACCCACUUCUCAUUCCAUCCAUGGAGGGAGGGAUUACGCUUUUAUUGUAGAUAAUAAUAAUAAUAAUUGGUGAGCUGUUUUCUUUUUGAUUUUUAAGUUGUUGUUUGGAUAUUUUUCUUUGAAAUUAAGUUUUCAGUUUGCUUGGUAUGCAUCAUUAAUGUCUUUU